CGUCCCCUUUAAUAUUUUACAGAUGUUUUUCACAUUUGCAAGGCCCCCAUGGCCAAAACCUAUAUUAAGGCUGGCUUACAACCUAGGCUGCGAUGGUCAAAAUUCCAAGGCGGUGCAGUAAAGUUAAUGAUAUUCACUCCUGCUGAGAGGUUUGUGAGUCCGAGCCGGACACUGCAUGACACAAGAGCCAGGCUGAGGAUGCGCCACAAAAUAAAUAAAUAAAUAAAUAGCUGAAAGCAGUGGACAGUAAGAAAGAUAAUCUAAGAAAGAUAAAAUAAAAAAAAAAGGCCAGUCGUUUUGCUCUGACCGCAUAGGACUGGCUCCUUGAUUUGGAGAUAGUCAUGGUUGCGUGGCUGCUGUGCGAGCUACUCCCAUGAUCAAAACGAUUAUCUCUCCUUCGCCCUGGCCUUUGAUCAGUUUUCUCAUGCCCAGAGGACAUGCGUCGUCCCUAAUGGAAGACAGAUGACCUCUUCGUUUUGUGAUUACAAACCCCUCCUUAAGGUAUUCAAAAAGGUCACGUUCAAACCUUCCCCCCUGCUGUGUAUUAACUCUUGGUGUGUGAAAUGCAUGUUUUAUUUUUGACUGGACAAGUUAUCACCAUGGCCAAGCACCGUUCCUUCUUUUGAUUGUUUAUAAGACAGAUUGUAAGCAUACCAGUGAGGGUGUAUCCAUCCCACACACACACACACACGCGCACACACACGCAUGCACGCGUACAUUUGUCUUACUGUCCUUGUGAGGAUCUUCCACUGACAUAAUUAUUAAUGCAGCUAAUUAAUUCUAUGCCUACACCCAAAUCUAAUCCUAACCUUAACCUCAGGAACCGAAAGGAACGCUUUUGACUCUUUUAGGUUUUUAAAUAAAAGCUGCAGUUUUUGUUUUAAAAGAUUUUUCUUGUGGUUAACAGCCAAAUGUCCCCAUCAGGUCAAAACUGUCAGAUAUUCCUAUCCUUGUGAGGAAAUUUGGUCUCCACUAAGAUAUAAAAACAUGACCCCCCCUCCCCAAGCACACACACGCACACACACUUCUGUACAUUGCUCCGGGCGCUGGGUGAGACGCAGAUUUUCUCGUUGGACCUCUUCUCGCAGUUGUGCAAUUACUGUCUCAAUUCUUCCUGAAAAUGCUUUGGCCGUAAAUAUUACGCAUGGUUUAUCAACUGGGUGUCAUUCAAAAUCUUUUGAAGUUAUAGACUGUUUUUACCAUUUUGUCUUCUUUCGCAGUGUGCGAUUUCUUAAGCUUUUUAUUCCUUGUCACACCAUAUGAGAUGAUCUCAAUAAUAUUUUGGCUGAAUUAUAUAACAGAUUGUGCGAUGAAGUGUUCUCCAUGUCAGAUUAUACGAUGAAGAUUUUCUAACGAGAGACCUGUGGUUAAAGGAUAUUUACGUCAUCAGUCAGCUUGAUCCAGGCUAAACAGAAGUAUUCUUCAGAAUGAGCUUGAGGUAAAGAUGAUGUCCGAGGAGACCCAACACCGAGCGCUUGAGGAGGACCUGGAGUCAGAGGAGGGUGAUCUGGAAUCAUAUUUGGAGGAGGAGAGCAGCAGCGAGCUCCUGGAGCGUGUCAGAGAGCUUCAAGCUGAGAACUCGGCUCUUUCCCUCGCCAACGAGAGCCAGAGAGAAGCUUAUGAAAGAUGCCUGGAUGAAGUAGCCAAUCAUGUCGUCCAAGCCUUACUCAACCAAAAGGAUCUUCGGGAGGAGUGCAUAAAGUUGAAAAUGCGAGUGUUUGAUUUGGAGAGGCAGAACAGAACACUGUGUGAACUCCUCCAAGAGAAACUGCACAAUCAGUCAUGUGUACAUCAGCAGACUGGGUCCUGCUUGGAACACAUUUCUGAACUACAGCACACUGAUUCAAACAAACAGAUUGAAACUCAGAGGAAUGCACAAUCCAAGGGAAAUGGAGAGUGUGCACAAACUUGCUUUCCUGAAACCCAAAGCUCCACCACCUCUAUGGACGCCUUAUCUCCUUUUCUGAAAAAGAAAGCACACAUUUUGGAGGUCCUCCGCAAGCUUGAGGAGACGGAUCCUCUACGCUACCAUCGUUCCUCUGGCAUCUCUUCCCUCUGUGAAUAUAGCCAAGCCCUGGUCUCUAAGGAUGCUGUAUUGGCUUGCAGAGACAACUCCCCUAGGUGCAAUGUGACUAAAACGCAUUGUCCCCAUUCCUGUUCGGAUGUUUGUAUUUGUAUCAAUGGAGCAGAGCACAAUAGUGUAAAGUGUGGAAGCUGUAACACAUGCCUGAUUCUAUCCAAUAAGGACUCGAUCAGUCUAGCCAACAGUAGCCACAAUUGCUGCACUUCAAAUGCCAUUACUAUUGACAACCUCAACUUGGCUCCACCUGACUUUCAUAAGAACCAAGACUUGCAGAGCCAUAUGAGCCAUGUGAAGCCUACUACGGGUACUAGUGAACUCCUAGUAAUCAGGAAGUCUGCCGAUUUGUCUGUUCAUCCGACGGAAAAAGGUCUUGAACCAUCCAAUGAACUUUUAUCAACAGAAGCCCCUGACUCUUACUCAAGCAUGGCAGUACCUGAAAGAGACCACAAUAGAGUGCCUGAUCAUGCACCAGCUAAUUCCCUUGCACUGUCUGAGAAAGAGACUAGAGAUAAGAAUAGAAUAUCAGAUGUUAUAUUGAACUCCCAAUUAUCAAAAAUUGGCAACACCGCCAGUGAACAGAUUAGUCAUGAUAGUACAAAUGAUACAAGUACUCUGGAAACAGACUUUAAGCACUUAAAAACUGUAUCAUUACAGAAGCUUGAAAAAGUCACAGAUGGUGAAGAAUUUCUGCAGAAAGGUGAUACUGAUGUCCAGCCAAUCACCUCCAAGUUACCUACUCUUGGUCUGAAGGACAGCCUGCAAGACACAUAUAGUGAGGUAGAAAGUAGCGAACCUGUGCAUGAAGGACUGCUGUUUUCUCCCAAUGAGAAUCAUACAGCAUCAAAAGUACUAGAUGAGAUAUGUGUCCCUGUGAAGGACAGUACAGCACAAGACCUUCAGACUGAUAGAUCUAAACUUGUGAACCCCAACCAGGUAUGUAUAAGAGAGGUCAAGUCCUCCCCUUCAAAGCUGCUCAAGUUUCUCAAGAUUCCCACCCUUGGGGAGCGUGCUCCAGUAGCCAAUCCUCCCCGUCUCAGCCCUCAACUAACACGUAGCUCAAAGAUCCCUUGUCGCAGUAACAACUAUGAGGUGCACCAUUCACCAGUUGCUACCCGCAAAGCAACCACCGCAGAAAGGCAAAAACAACCACCUUGUCCCAAAUCGGAGCCUUAUCCAUCCACACAUUCUGCUCCAACCUCUCCACCCCUGUCUGAUGAUCCACCUCCAGUUGUGCCAAAAGAGCUUAAUUGUGGAAUACCUAAAAGCAGUCGAGGAGGCAAACCUACACAAACUGCCCCCUCACAAAAGACACCCCAGAAAAUACCACACUAUGAAAAUAUUCCUGAUCUCUCCAAUGCCAGUGGCUCAGACAUAUCCCAGGUUCUUGGAGAGGUGAGCUGUGCUCUCCGUUAUGCCAGCUCUAACACAGAUAAAGUUAAAGGGAAGAUAGGAAGCCUUGGUCUUGAGAGGCCCACAAGUUUCAAAUCUCAAAAAGACACUUCACUAGGCUCUGACUUCUCAGACCAAGAAGAGAGCCCAGACAGUCCUGUAUGGCAUAAGCAGGCCAAUCACCGCAGUUUGCCUAGUCAGUCAUCUUCACAGAAGUCACAGAUGAGUGGUAUGAGGUCCAGAAGCCAAGAGAAGAAUGAGUUAGUGAAAGACCACAUACAGAGUGCAGGAUCACCCAUCAAAAAGAAUGAUCCACCACCCAUUCCCAAGAAGACAGGUGUGGGCAGACACUCAGGUGAAUCUAGCCAUUCCUUUAAAGAAAGACUAGCUGCACUUGGUAAGCUAAGGAACCCAGAAGAAUCAGCUUGCUCCCAGGCGACUGAGAAAAAAGAAAUGCCUCCACGAACCAGCGACAAAAGCAAAGCUGCUGACUAUAAAACUGAAGAACAUAAACUUUUAAAAAGUACAGAUUCUGUUGAAGAAAAAUCGUAUGUUUCAGGUGAUAUGGACAGUGCUGUCUCAAAGCUUUCUGACCAAGGCAUCAAAACAAUACCUGUAAGCUCUACAAUCUCUAAGCUGGAAAGUGAAUCAUCUAGAAUGUCCCUUGCAAAAUCAGAAAGCCCUAAAUCUAAAAUGCCUGGGCUAUCUACCAACUUAGAAGCUGCACAAGCUUUGCGUAGCUACGCUAAAAGUGCAACUCCACAUAGUCUUUCAUACAGUGGGAAAAACCUGUCCAGUCCCCACAGCAGCAGCCCUAACAGGAUUCCUCUAAAAUCUCCCACUAAAACUGUACCACCAUCUUUGAAUCGAGAUGGGAAACAAACCCAGGAGCUUCCAAGGUACUUGUCCAAAUCUGAAGACAGAAGCCAAUCCCGAGCUGGUAAGAAGAAAAACUCAUUCGGGGAGAGCCUUCCUCCUCCACCUCCAAGGCCUACAGAGUCGGUUGAAGAAAAGAGACACUCGGCACCAAGCCCUCAGUCCUCCAUUGAGCAAAAGGUCAUGAAGGGCAUUGAGGAAAAUAUGCUGAAGCUUCAAGAACAGGACAAGAGUCAAGCACCUGAAGUUAAACAGAAGGCUUCCAGCGGAAUUGCCAACUGGUUUGGCUUGCGGAAAAGUAAGCUGCCAGCUCUUAAUCGGAAACCCGAGGCUUCAAAAGGCAAAGAUGAUAAGAGAGAAUGGAAACUCAAUAUAUCCUCAGGGGGAAAGGAUUCUAAAGUGGCUACUAAAAAGCCAGAGAGCGAGAGCUUGAACAUAUCCAUGUUAAUGGAAAAAGCGGAGGGGCUACACAAAGCCCUGGAAGAGGAACGUGCCUAUGUGAAUGGUGUUGCUAUGGACCGACAAGGAAAGGGACAUUCCUGUGAGGUGGUGAUGGACCAAGCUCAGGGGCAGCUCUCUGUAAUGUACAGGGGUGUGCCAUCAGACAGCUUCAUGCAGCAGCUGCUUAACCGGGUGGAUGGAAAGGAUGUUGGAGGCAUUGGUGUGGCUCAUCGACGCUUAUCAUUUGAUUGUAAAACCAGGCCUGUCUUCAGCCAUCAUAGCACAAGUGGUGUUUGUCAGACCAGAAGUAGUGAGGACAUGGAAAAGGCUGCAUCUUUAAUGACUAAAAUGGAUGGUGUAUCUGAUGAGAACCUGGCUGAUUCAAUUCACCAUGAGCACUUUGCAGGCUCUGGAAUUUCCACACACACCCUGGACAGUGGUAUUGGCACAUUUCCUCUUCCUGACUACAGUGUGAACGCUGGAUGUAAAAGUGUCCCCAAAGGGAAGGCCCAAGGGGAGAACGAUCCUUCCUUUCCUCAGGGAAGACAUGGCUCAGGGAUUAAAAUUCCCCACAAGGCCUGGACUUUGGAAAGAGAGCUGUCAUCUUUAGAUGAAGAUUACAUCAUGGGACAGGAAAUGGAUAGCACCCCACUGGAGGGCAAGCUUGCACCCAUCCAAGUUGCUGACGUAGAAGGUCAAGAAGGAGCCGAUGUCUGUGGCGGACCCAUAAGAUCUGGCUCCACAAAGAACUGGACAUUCCCCAACCUCAAAGGAUCAGCAGAGCCGUCUGAUGUUUAUCUUGGGGUAGAAGAGGCCUUAGAUUCAGUGAACCAGAAGAGCUCAUUUAGGAGGCGCUCAAAGACUAGUGAUGCCCCAUUCAGGCGUGACAGUGACCCCAGAAGCCUCCCGCAGCCGACUCAAGUGCGCAGAGGCAAGGCACGUGCUCCUGUCAACCCAGACCUGGGAAGAGAACCUGGGUUAGAGCUGGUGAGAGAGAGGCCUGAUGACACACUUUCCCCUGGCCACCCCCAGGUCUUAGAGACCCCUGAAUCCCUUAGCGACUCUCUCUAUGACAGCCUGUCCUCCUGCGGUAGCCAAGGCUGAGAGGGAGCACCGGUAGCUGAGUGGAUGGGAAUUAACUGACCAUCAGGUACCAACUUUUUCUACACCUUAUGUUAGGCAGCAGUUUUUUUUUUUGUUUUGUUUUUUUUUUUUAAAAAAAAAAAGAUGGACACUCACAAGACAGCACGCUUUUGGCACCAGAAGACACCCACUAUGUGUUCCUGCAAGAAAUCACCUUUUUACCUGAGAAUUUCUACUGGACGAAAGCCAGCGAAGCGUGGACGCGUGUGUGGUGGAUUUGAGGGAUUCACUGAAUUUCUAUGCUUGUGUCAUGUUUUUAUAACAAUCUUACACCACAUUCAUUCUGAUUCAGGUAGUAGCAGAGUAGACAUGUCACUUUUCUGUCAUUGAAUUCUUUGUAAUGAUUGGACACUCAAAACCAUUACAAGUCUUCCAUUAAAAAAAAAAAAAAUCUCAGAAUGUUCUCGAAAUUGUCUCUACAUGUACAUCAGCGCACAUCUUUCGUUAACAUAGUUGUGUAAAGUUAUUGCGAAGUGAAACGUGUAUAUGUAUGUGAUUUUUGUUCAUAAUUUAAUAUGCAUAUUUUAUGUAAAAAGUAAAAAAAAAAGAUUCAUUUGUGUACAAUUUGAAUUGGACACUGACUUCCAUUGAGUCCAUUAUAGGUUAGGUGUCAAAAACUUGUAGCAAUAAUAAAAGUACUAUCCGCGUGUGAUAGCGCUACAGUGUUCUACAGUGAAUUCUACUUUGCAAGUAUUUAUUUAAUUUUCUUUUCUCAAGAGUGUGGUAAGACAAGACCACAUUUUGCUGGUUACUUUUUAGCAUUUGCUCAAUUUUCUGUGCCCGGCUGUAUAUGUUUCUGUUUAUCACUAGGAAGUCCUCAACAGGGCAUUUCACUUAAAAACAUAUAUCUUAGUUGGAUACUUAACUUGAUCAGGUUACAUAAUAGGUCAAGAGCAUUCUUAUCGGAUGGUCUUGGUCUUCGUCUUAAGUUAUCCGCCCGAGAAAUUCCGGCCUUCUGAGACACCCUUUAAGUUGAAUAUUUGUUUUCACACAAUCAGUGUUCUGUUCUGUUCAAGUGAGUUAAUCUGUGAUGUUGUCUUGGCAAAUGACCUCCUCCUGUAUUGUACAUGGUGUGUACACUUCUGUGGACAUGCCACAAAUUAGAAACACCCUGUGACACCCCUGACAAGUUGUGUAAACAUUGUGUGACCUUCUUACUGAAUACUGACAUUUCCAGUCAAAUUAUCCUUCUGCUCCUUUUGACACUAAUUUUAAUGAGUGAAUUAUACUGUUAGUGCAAAACCACAUCAUUUUUAUCUUAAGAUGAUGAUUUUAUCUUAAGGUGAAGAAUUCUUAAAUGGCAAACUUGAUGACAUUGAGAUUUGGGUCCCUUUUUUCACUAGGUCAUUAAAAUUAGAUUUUGUAAAAAAUAAAAAAAAAAAUCCACUUAUCCUCGAACAUGUCAUUAAUAUGUCAUGUCGUCAUCAUGACACCAAGCGUUCUCCUUUUGUCACGGUCCCAUUGAUUUGAAAUGUGUUCUUGUGUAAUAGAUUCCUAUGUUUCCUGUAGAAGUUAUUCCAUUUAUUUUGACAAUUUAUUUUGUUGUAAUUUUCAGGACAAUUUUAUAUUAGUUUGCUAUGUUUACAAAAGAAUUUAUGACGAAGCUGUUAAUAUAUCUGUAAACUUUUUAUAUUAAGGUGCUAUCGGAUGUUUUUCCACUCAUCUCUACAAAAGCCAUAAACCUGUUUUUCAUAAUCAUCUUUUUAAGCAAUUGCCAUCACUCAUGCAAUUAAAUAAAAUGUUUUUAUGCAGUUUG